AUGGCUGAAGAGGGAGGAUUUGUGGUUGUGUAUCCGUGUAUAUUUAAAGGGCUUGAAAGCAGAAGAGGGUGUUUUAUGGGAAAUCUCCCCUCUUAUUUAGCCAGGCAGGAUACAAACCAAGGAAAGUUAAUGAAUGUUCUUCUGGGGAGAGAAAUUGAACCUGAAGAUGAAAUUGAGGUUGAUGCUUCGGCAAGACAGAAUCCACUGAUGCGGUUGUUGAAUGAGAGGCAGAAAGACACUGCUAGAAUGCUUCUUGGGGAUGGGUGUAAGUUGGUUUACCAACAAGCACCUCCUGGUGUUGGGAAAACCUAUGUAGCCUCGAUAGUUGUUGCGCUUAUCUUGGCAUUGUUUAAAAACAUGAAAGUUGCAGUCAUAACAUCGGCGAAUCUUCCUUUGGCUAAGCUUGUAAAUGAAUUAGAGCAGAUAUUAGGUGGCGAUGAAAUGGAAUCCUCCAGCGCGGUUGCGUUUUUUUCCGGAUAUGCCAAAGACAAAUAUAGAGAAUUGCUCGCGAAUCUCCGCCGACACAUGCUGAAUGGCGUCGUUGUUGUCUGA